GAUGACCUAAUGGAACUGAAACCGGGAGUACUCCUGUUGUGGGUCCUAGUGCUGGGCUGUGGCUUGACUGAAGGCAGUAUCCUGUACCGAGUUCAGGAGGAGCAGCCUCCCAACACCCUAAUAGGCAGCCUGGCAGCAGACCAGGGACUGCCAGACUCAGGUCAUCUCUACAAGCUGGAGGUGGGUGCCCCUUACCUUCGUGUUGAUGGAAAGACCGGAGACAUCUUCACCACAGAGAUCCCAAUUGACAGAGAGACCCUGAGGGACUGUCGGUCCCAGGCUAAGGGUAAGCCCUGCUACCUGGAAUUUGAAGUGUCAGUGACAGACUUGAUACAAAACCAGAGCCCACGACUCAUUGAAGGACGUAUUGAGGUACAGGACAUCAAUGACAACACACCCCAAUUUCCCUCUUCUGUGCUUACCAUCUCUGUCCCUGAGAACACACACAUGGGGGCACUAUUCUCCAUACCCCUAGCUACAGACAGGGAUUCGGACAGGAAUGGGGUGGCUGAUUAUGCCCUGACUGCAGGGCCAGAUGCAGCAACCCUUUUCGGCCUGCAGGUGGCUGAGGACAGGGGGGAGAAGCUCCCCCAGCUUAUCGUCUUGGGUAGCCUAGAUCGUGAGUUAAAGGAUUCCUAUGACCUAACCAUCAAGGCAGUGGAUGGAGGAAACCCACAGCGCUACAGCAGUGCUUUGCUGAGAGUGGUAGUCACCGAUGCCAAUGAUAACUCUCCCAAGUUUGAGAAGUCCACUUAUGAGGCGGAAGUGUCGGAGAAUAGUCCCGUGGGGCACUCUGUGUUGCAGGUAAGAGCAAAUGAUUCUGACAUGGGCCCUAAUGGAGAAAUUGAGUACACCCUUCACCAAGCAUUAGACCCAGUGCCAAAACUCCUGCGAAUUGACCGGUCUACUGGCAUUAUCUAUGUCAAAGGAUCACUGGAUAGAGAGGAAAUCAGCAGCUUGUCCUUCUAUGUGGUGGCAAGGGAUAAGGGACCACAGCCUAAAAGCUCUAAGACCUUUGUAACAAUUGAGGUGACUGACCAAAAUGAUAAUGCUCCCGCUGUGGAGAUCCGUGGGAUUGGUCUUGUAACUCACAGUGAAGGAGUGGCCAACAUUUCAGAGGACAUGCCUGUGGGAACAGCCGUAGCUUUGGUACAGGUGUCUGACAGGGAUGAGGGAGAGAAUGCUGUGGUCACUUGUGUGGUGGCGGGAGAUGUGCCCUUCCAGCUGCGCCCUGCUAGUGACUCAUCCAGCGACAAUAAGAGGAAGUAUUUUCUACAGACCACCACUCCUCUAGAUUAUGAAAGGGUGAAGGAAUACCGAGUAGAGAUUGUGGCUGUGGAUUCUGGCAACCCAGCACUCUCUAGUACAAACUCUUUGAAGGUGCAGGUGACCGAUGUGAAUGACAAUUCCCCAAUAUUCUCCCCAACCUUGUUUGAAGUAGAUUUUGCUGAAGAGAACCAACCAGGGGAAAGGGUUGUGGAUGUGACAGCCUCGGACGCUGACAGUGGCACUAAUGCAGAACUCAUCUACAGCAUUGUGGCAGAUUCAUCCAUCAAGGGCCUAUUUGAGAUUGAACCAAAUACAGGCGAAGUAAGAGCCCGAAGCCCACUGGAUCGAGAGCAUAAAGAGCGCCAUGAGUUCCAGGUCACUGCAGCAGAUAAAGGGUCACCCGUUCAUAAAGGAACAGCAACUGUUGUGAUAAAAGUUCUUGACCGCAACGAUAAUGACCCCAAGUUCAUGCUAAGCGGCUAUAGCUUCUCAGUCUUGGAGAACAUGCCUCCUCUCAGUCCUGUUGGCAUGGUGACAGUUUUAGAUGUGGACAAGGGUGAAAAUGCUCGUGUUCACCUCUCUGUUGAGCCUGAUGGAGGAAAGUUUGUGGUCCAAAAUGGAACAGGCACCAUUCUCUCCAGCAUAUCGUUUGACAGGGAGAAAGAGAGCAGCUACACUUUCCGUCUGAAGGCGGUAGAUGGAGGAGAGCCACCCAGGUCUUCAUAUGUAGGCGUCACUAUCAAUGUCCUGGAUGAAAAUGACAAUGACCCUGUGGUCACCAAACCUUCCAAUUCCUCCUUCAGGCGCUUGUCCCCUCUAGCUUCACCUGAUAGCCAUGUGGAAGUUGUGGAAGCUGAAGAUCUAGACAGUGGGCCUAAUGCAGAGCUGGUCUUCAGUAUUACUGGUGGAAACCCUUACCAGUUAUUUCGCAUCUCCCCCUCCAAUGGAGAGAUCACUCUCGCUAAGGAGAUGACCAGAAAACAUGGUGGCCUGCAUCGCUUGGUGGUGCGGGUGAGUGACAGGGGCAAGCCUGCACGUCAUGCCACUGCCCUGGUUCAUAUCUAUGUCAAUGAAACCAUUUCAAAUGUCAGCCUGGUCGAGGCCCUUGUUGGACACAGUCUCUACACACCGCUGGACAGAGAUAUUGCUGGUGACCCUGACAGUGGUCUUGCUGCUCAACGCAGUAACAUUUUAUAUGGCAGCCUUGCUGGAGUGGCAGGUGUUGUAAUGUUGAUCUUGGUGGUGGUAUUUAUUCGACAUCGCAUCCAGAGAGAGACCAAGAGUGGCUACCAGGCGGGCAAGAAGGAAUCAAAAGACCUGUAUGCCCCCAAACAGGCACCAAAGAAUGCUAAAGGCAAAAAAGGAAGGAAAGGAAAACCCCAAAAGUCAAAACCCCUCGGGGAGGAGGAAGAAGUCAGCCUUCAAAAGAGUCUCAAGUUCAACCUCGACGGUGUCAAUGAUAGCCCCAGGAUCCAUCUUCCCCUUACGUAUUCUCCUGGAAGCCCUGAUAUAGGAAGGCACUAUCGCUCCAACUCUCCUUUACCCUCCAUCCAGCUACAGGCCCAAUCCCCUUCAGCCUCUCAGAAGCAUCAGGCUGUCCAGGACCUCCCUGCCGCUAACACCUUUGUAGGAACGGGAGGAGAUGACAACUCUACUGGCUCAGACCAGUACUCAGAUUACAGCUACAAGACCAGCCAACCGAAGUGUAACAACAAACAGCAUCCCCACCGGCGAGUGACCUUCUCCACGACCAACCCGGUGCAGGACCUGCAGGAUGCCUCUCAGCACAGCUAUUAUGACAGUGGCUUGGAGGAAUCAGAGACACCCAGCAGUAAGUCAUCGUCUGGUCCUCGUAUCGGACCCCUGACCCUGCCUGAGGACCACUAUGAGAGAACCACUCCAGAUGGCAGCAUUGGAGAGACUGAGCACCCUGAAAACGAUAUCCGUUCCCUCCCUGAUGUGGCAAUGACCGGAAACUGCACACCAGAGUGCAGUGAAUUGGGCCACUCAGACGCCUGCUGGAUGCCUGGGCAUCCUUCCCCUGUACGCAAGACCAGGAACCCCCCCAAACUCUCUACCUUCGUGCCUUACCAGGAGAGAGGGAGCCUGGGACGUCUGGCAAACGGGAGCGCCAGGCUGGGUGGAGAGUCGCGCCUUCCACCCUCCCGCAGUGCCUAUUCCAGCAGUGGUCAUGACCCCAGUCAGGACUGCCCCCUAGAGGAGAUGCCCCUGAGUGUAGCCUCUGAGUUCCCACCCACCUCCCCGUCUGCCCACACUCCAAAAAGAGAAAUUUACCUGUGAGGAAUACGCUCAUCCGAUUGGUGCACAAACAGAGGGAAGACACACCCCACUUCACAAGGAGAAACAGGCUGUCCAUACAUAUAUUGAAGAAGCCAAUGCCCUUUUUGUAGUUAACGAUAGGCUGUGAUUCAUUUGAUCACUGGCAUGAACACUUGUUUUUCUUCAUU